AUGGAUUUUUUUAUAUUUUUGGUCUAUUUAUUUUUUAUAUAUAAUUAUCCAUUGCAGCUAAUUUCCCCAACAAUCCCAACAGUAAUUAGUUGCGCCUACAUGGUGGCGGAAAUCAACUUCCUCGCUGAUAACCAGCAUCUACGUGAUGUCCAUUUCAACGUAAAUCCCCUGUUCGCCCCCCCGGGCCCCAUGGGAGCUAUCAUUGCCCAUUUUGCCAUGGGAGACUGCGUCUGCUUCAAUUGCCUGCACAACAGGCAUUUGAGAAACCAGUGCGACCCAGCGAUUCUCCGACCCCCUCGGGACCUCAAAGUGAUCCCCCACGUGUACGACAAGCUCAUGGGCAAGGAGAUACCUGAAGACCCGUCUUGGGCUAUUGCCAACCCCCUGUCUGAGCCCGUCAUGCCCGAGUGGUGGAUAAACGCUCUGAAGGCCAGGGAAGAGGAGAAGAAGGCAGAGGCCGAGGUUAGGUCAAAGGUCGAGGCCGAGAACAAGGCCAGACAAGAGGAGAAGUCAGCUAAUGAAUCCCGUGCUAAUACAGGCCGGGGUAGACACGGCACCAGCCGUGGCUUUACCAUGGGUCACCUGGUGCCUCACGACCCGUGUUGGGCUAUUGCCAACCCCCUUUCUGCUGCAGUCACCCACCACUGGGAGACAGAGGCUCUGAAGGCCAGGGAAGACAAGGCCAAGGCCAAGUCCAGACAAGAUGCGAACUCAGUCGAAUAA